CUCCGCCGUCAUUCGAAUCUUCCGUGGAUUUUCGCGCUCAUGGCGCUGCGCACCUUCACGUACCUCCGUCGUCAACCCGGUCGCGGCCUCCUCGCCUCCCUCGUGGCGGGCGGUGGGCCAGGACCCCUCAUGCCCUGGCAGGGCUCGCGGCCGCCGCCGCCGCCGCAAGACCACGAGGAGGCACGGGCCUGCUCUGGCUGCGCCCUGUUGCUGCAGGCCCGGCGGUACUAUUCGUCCAGGAACAGAGCUGAAGGCAAGGUGCUGGAGACUGUCGGCAUUCUGGAAGCGCCAAGACAGGGAAAAUAUGACACUGGACAGUUGUUCCUGCACAGAGUUUUCGGAUACCGUGGCGUUGUGCUCUUCCCGUGGCAAGCGAGGCUCUACGACCGAGAUGCUGCAGGAAAUGACGAAGAAAGGCACAUUAGCAAAUCGGAGCCUCCGGUGGGUCAACAAACGGGAAAGGAGAUGAAGGGGAAGACCCACACGUACUACCAGGUCCUCAUCGAUGCCCGCGAUUGCCCUCACAUUAGUGCACAGACGGAAGGAGUGACAUUCUUGGCGAAUCACGAAGACAGCCGAGCCCUCUAUGCCAUCCCAGGUCUGGACUAUGUAAGCCAUGAGGACGUUCUGCCGUACAACUCCAUGGACAAAAAUCCCAUCCAGCAUGAACUGUUUGACAGAUUCCUCAACUACGACGCUACCAAGGUACCCGUGUUUUCUGCACGCGAGACACUGCACGCCUGGCAGCAGAAGAACCAUCCUUGGUUGGAGCUCUCGGACGUGCACCGAGAAACCACGGAGGGCAUUCGUGUCACCGUCACACCGUUCUACAUGGGUGCCCGGGAAACGCAGAAUGCCCUAGUUUAUUGGUGGAGGUACUGCAUCCGCUUGGAGAACCUUGGAGAGCAGACGGUGCAGCUGAGAGAGCGCCACUGGAGGAUCUUCAGCCUCUCGGGAACGCUGGAGACUGUGCGCGGCCGUGGCGUUGUCGGCCGGGAGCCCAUCCUGUCCAAAGAGCAGCCGGCCUUCCAGUACAGCAGCCACGUCUCGCUGCAGGCAUCUAGCGGCCACAUGUGGGGAUCGUUUCGGUUUGAGCGAGACAACGGGAGUUCCUUUGAAGGACAGAUCCCAAAUUUUGACCUGGACAGUCAAACGGAUGCAUACUCCGGCCCUUUCGCGAACCUGGUUUGAAGGGAGGAACACGUGACAUGCAACCCGCACUGCAGAUCCACACGGCACUCCAACACUUUAUUUUUACCAGGUAAGGCCCACUGAGCUAUGUAGCUCUUUUCCAGAAGCGACCCUGGUCACAAAUGAUCACCCGACGAAGUGGCUUAUCACGUGGGAAUGUAUCGCAGGCAAAUACUGUAAACGCACGUUUCUAAAUGUGGACGGGGAAAAACCGGAGAACCCCAAGAAAAAUCAACGCGACCCCGUGGAGGACAUGGAAACUCCCAAAUAUACAGCCAGCAGGGUCGGGAUCGAACCCACGACCUCCUGCACAUUAUGCGAGGGAGAUAACAUCUCACCACUGGCGCACAUAUCCCAUACAUACAUUUUAGUAUCCACCCAGGCAACCCCCACCGCCCCUUGUGGUCAGAGUAGAGUGCUACACAGCAAUUUCAGGUUGUAUUAAAUAAAACAUAAACGUUGUUUUAUUACUUCAACUGGUUUGGGUGUCUCAUGUGAUCUUAGAUUGCUUGACUCAUUGGUCAGAUGUUUUGACAGUUCAAAUCCAAGUCACAGGUGAACUCCAUCCCGUGAGCCUCUGCUCCUCUGAGUCGAUGAAAAGGAAGUGUGUUUUGUCGGGAAGUCUUGUGGAGAAAUCGGCUGCUGCCAUGGGAAUGUGGAAUGUCCACCAAUGGAGAUGAGUGUUGCUGGUAUAAAUAGGGUAGACACUGGAACUUGACUAGUAACUGGAAUAAAAUGUAUAAUUUUAGUUUCUGUUCUUCAUAAAGUCCAACUGUUUAUUGUAAUCCUCUUUGCAUGUAUUCAUGCUUGCAGGCUCGGUUCCCCUGGCUAGCCGAUCGCAUGUAACACAAGGUGCUGCCACCGUCAUGGUUUUUGGGAUUGUUUGUCUUGUGUGCGCACAUUGGCACAUACCAUGACAUUUGCCUCCUUCAAAACGACAUCUCUUGUUCCAAGUUGACGUUGAAAUAACAGGCACUCAUUGUGUAUGUUGUACAACGUCUUUUGUGACCGCUGAGUUCGUUAAAAUAUGUACUAAUGCUUGCUGUACUUUUACUAAUUUCGUUGGUUGAUAUGUAUAGUACUGUGUCCAUUGUCUCUCAUCGCCAAUUCCAUUUUAAUCAUCCAUUGUUUGAAGUUGUAUUUAUGUAAAGUAAUUAUAUUAUAUGCCUUUUUUGCACUGAUCAUGCGGAGUAGUAUCGUGCCUGAAAUAAAACUUUAAAUGGCAAAUCGCCACUCGUGAAUGUAUGGGCCAUGUGCCGUAUAGAACUGCUUCGUAGUAUUCGCAUUUGUGAGUAAUUUAAUUUUGUAAAGAUCCUCUAAUUAGUAUAAGGACAUGGAUGUGUGUGGUGGUUCUUUGUGUAGAAAUAAGCUUUGAAAAAUGGAGAAAAUGUGAAAAAUCGGGAGACACCCCAAACUUGCCAAACCUUGCUCCCAGGAAAGGUCUUAGAGUGGCGGUGAAAUUACACGUCACCAUCAAGUCCGAAUGAUCAUUUUGGGGAGCAAAACCCGCCAGACAAAGCAUUGAAACCGUGAUGGACCCAAAGUGAAUUUCAUUUCCAAGGGUCUUGGAAACUGGAUGCAAGGUCGCCUGGCCUCCUCGACCUUAGCCUGUCAGCCCAUAGAGGCAAAGGCAUGAAUAGUGUGAUGUGUAUUUCAUGUAUUUAAAUAAUAGUGACUUGGAUAUUUAUCUUUCUACGUAACAAUAUGCCUAAACGUGGUCAUCAAAGUUUGGUGAGCCACUUAAAUAUAUAUUUAACAUCUGGCAUUAUAGUUUUAUGACACUUGCACCGAAUUACUUGCCUCUUUCCUAUGUCGGGAGGAGAUUUUUUCAAGAUUCACAGCCUACAGGUACACGCAUGUAAAUUCCCACAGCGAUUGAAAGUAUUAUCGAUGCCGUAUAAGUCUGCUCAUCAUGAUUCUGGCUGGGAACUGCAGCAUGUGUAACGGUGUGACCUAAAUAAAUUUUAACAUUUCGUAUGUGUUGAGGCGCACAUUGUGAAAGUUUGUUUCGGUGGCUGUUUGUCGUGUAUACAGGUGUGUGUGUGUCCGAGUGUUAACAGAGAUGUGGUUUUAUGUCUUGGCCUUCUUGAGAGGCAAGAGCUGCCCCCCCCCCCCCUCACUCUCCUGCAAUCACCUCG